AUGUCGGACUUGCACAUUAACACAUUGCAUGACGAUGAGAGGAGAAAGAAAAGGAAGAGGGUAGCUGCUGGAUUUUUUGUGUCGGUUGUCGUGAUAGUUCAACACACGUAUUGUCGGGGGAAGAUUAGGGAGCUUGAUGAUUUCAGUGAGGAUGAGGCAAAGAUUAGGAUUAGAAGCCAGAUGCUUAGAUCAAUUUAUCAGGGUUCUAACAAGCACUGUUUUGAUAGUUUGCGCCUAACUAAACGGUCCUUUGUGGACAUGUGUGCUAUCUUGCGUGAAAGAUGUGGUUUGGGGGACGCGUUUUAUGUGCCGAUUGAAGAAUCAAUCACAAUGUUUCAACUAGUGCUAAGCCAUGGGAUGGAAUACCGGCUAAUUGAAAGAACGUAUAGAUGGGCACUCGAGACCAUCAGUAGGCAUUUCAAUGAGAUCUUAAGACAUGUCCUUUCCUUGUAUCAUGAGUUUAUAAAGUUACCAAGACCUUCAGCUGAGCAACCCGAUGAUAGUAUAUGGAAAUGGUUUCCAAAUGGGUAG